CGCCCUUGCUUUGUUGUCAUCUGCUGCCUGUCCUUGAACUGAACACAUGGAAGCUGAAAUGUUGUACCAUCAAGAAUAAUUGUGAGGGGAUUUCUUUACCAAUCAAGAAGCAAGAUGUUUCAGAAGAUGACACAGCAGAGGGCAGUAUUCUUUUCAUGGAUCAGAACUUACAGAAUCCACAGAGCACAAACUGUUUUCAAUUCUACAAUAGCCUCAAGUUGUCAGCGAAUACUUUGCAAUAAUACAGUUGUGUCUUCAUCAAGGAGAACUUUUCAUCCGCCUACUUCUUUAAGCUCCUCUGAUGUUACUUCCCCUUUAAGUUAUCCGUUACAAUCACAUCACCAUGGAAACAAGCGAUGUUUCUUCCGACAACCGUCAAGGCUAAAAUCAACCAAUCAGAGUAGCCCACCUGCCUUGAAUCCUCUUCUUCGACUGCAGUCGUAUGUUCAGCUACCGAUAUUAUCAGACAACGAGUUGAUAUUCACCCCAACUGAAGCAGAUCUUGCCAAGGCGUGUCAGAUGUUUGUUCCGAGUCCCGACCAUCAGAUCAAAUUCUUGAAAGGAGCGUACUACCACGAGCAAGCCCCAGAUUAUCAGCUGCCUGAGAUUGCUUUUAUCGGCAGGAGUAAUGUGGGCAAGUCGUCUUUAAUCAAAGCAAUGUUUUCACAAGUACCUGGUCUUGAAGUCAGAACAUCCAAAACUCCAGGGCACACCAAGUUGCUGUUGUUUUUCCAGGUGGGCAUUGGCUUUAGUCUGGUUGACAUGCCUGGCUACGGAUUCAACCAGCCUCAAAACUUCAUCAUAUCAGCGGAGGGAUUUCUCAAGGAAAGGAAAAACUUAAGGAAUACCUUCUUGUUGAUAGACAGUUCCGUUGGACUUAAACCCUUGGACUAUGUUGCUCUUGAAAUGUUAGAGGAGUUCUCAAUACCUUACCUAAUUGUGUUGACCAAAUCGGACAAAGCAUCCAAACGACAGCUUGUGGAAAGUAUCAUGACAGUGUCAAAGGUCAUACGAGAGAACACUCAAUGUUGCUUGCCUCAACCAUUCCUAGUAAGCUCAAAGUCUAAGGCUGGCCUGUCAUUUCUGAUGAGUUUUAUAGCUUACACCACAGACAAUCUCAAGCUACAAGAAACAUGACGAGGUUAUUGCUGCCAGACUAUGCCAGAAACACCGGGCAAACGCCUUCUCUUUAGACUGGGUCCACUGGGUUCUAUUAUGUGCAUUUUUACAACACAUGGGACCUAAAGGCUUUCUGUCCCAUCCAAAGGAGGAAGUAAUAAUGCCGGACUAUGCCAGAAACACCAGGGCAAACGCCCUUCUCUUUUUACACUUCCAUCCUUGUGCUGGAAUCUUUAAUGUGCGUUUACACAGCACACAGGACUUGCGACUUUAUGUACCAUUAUAAGGACGAAGCAAUAAUGGUGAAGUGUAUUCCUUGAAGGAACUGGACACGUUUGAUAAUUGUCAAAGACCAGUCUUCUCAAUAGGUGUGUUCCAAAAAUAUGCA